AUGCCUCCGCCGCCGCCGGAUCGAAGGGACUAUCUGUACCGGGAGGGCCGCAGGCACGACGGCGGUGGCGGCGGGGGCGACCCGCUCCUGCCGCCCGCCCCCACGCCGCCGCGCUGGCGGGACUCGCCGUACCACCCGCCGCCGCCACCGCCCCUGCGGGACCACUCGCGGCCCUCGCCGCGCCGGGCGCCGCCGUCGGCCUCCUCAGGUAGGCCUGCCCCUCGCGAAUCUUCAGAUCUGAGGCCGCCGCCGCCUCUUCGGCCCCCUCUGGCGUCCCUAAUUUCCUCCAACCGCUCUGCUAUUUCAGAAGGCUACUACCGACAGGGCGGCGGCGCGUACGACCGCUCCUACCCUGAUGACCCGCCGCCUGUCUACACGCCGUCGCGCUCGGACCGGUACUGGCCGGAGGACGACGGCGGGGGAUACAAGGGUUUCGGUCGGUAUGGCGGCGGCGGCCGCAGGGACGGCCGUGACAUGAGGGGUUCAUACCGGAGGUCCCCUUACAGGGGCGGCUACGGAAGCGACUUCUCCAGAAACCAUCCAGAGCAGCCCCCUCCGCCACCCCCCAGAAGGUCUCCGUUGAGGUCAGUCGCUGUUCCGAUCUGCUAUGACCCUCCGGGCAAUAGAGUUGACAGGGGGGAUAGGGACAACCUCCCACGGGUGACACCAUGGCGGAGAAGGGAGAGCAGAUCUGAAGCAGCAGAUGCUGUUGGCCAAACCACUCGGCUCUCUGCCUCAGGGAAGGAGGCUUCAGCUCAGCCUCUGGCCGUGGCAGGUCCUCACGGGACGGAGGAUGAGGCACCAAGGAAGAAGGCUCGCCUCGGAUGGGGGCAAGGUUUGGCCAAGUAUGAGAAGCGGAAGGUGCAAGGCCCUGCGGAUCCUGCUGAAGCUGUUGCUGAUGGAAGUCCAGCUGAUGGCGAACAGAAGACCGCUUCCCUUGUGCCUCUGCCUGCACCUUCUGUUGCACCUGUACCUCCUGCUGCACCAGCGCCUGAGCCUGCGGCAGCACCACCGGCACCGCCUGCUGCGCCUGUGCUUUUGUCUGCCCCUGUGCGAUGCUCAUCUCCAGUUACUGCACCACCAUAUUGUUCCCCAGCACCUGAAGAUAAAUCAUGUGAAAUGACGCCAAAUACGGUUACUAACUCUACUAAAGAUGUCUUGGAAGCUGAUGAUAAAACUUUCAAUAAUGAAUUUUCCAUCAAGUUAGAUGAGCUCGGUGAUGAUCCUGUUAAUUCCCUUGCAAACAUGCUUGUUGAACUUAUCCAACAUGAUGAUUCUUGUUCUGGGGAUUCAAAUGGCCCGACCAGUACACGUAAACUGCUUCUACUGAAGGAAAGCAUUUCCAAGGAGAUUGAAAAGACUGAACUCGAGAUUGAUUCAUUGGAAGGCGAACUUAAAUCUGUGAAUACUGAGGCUGUAACUGCUCUUGAGGGUUCUCCCACAGGGGUGACACAUACAGAAAAUCUUUCACCUUCCAGUGGGACAUCAAAGGAUGCUGAUGUCAAAGGUGCUGAUAUGAUGGAAAUUGAAGCAGCUCCAGUUCGCAAUGCAAAAACAGUUCCUUCAGAAGAGAGUGCUGUAUCUCCUGGAGUUGCUGAGGGUAAGGCCUGUGCUGCUGCUGAUCUUAGCUCAUCGAAAGCUUCUGAAGAAGCUGGGUCUCAAAAUGAUAUUGACAAUGACAGGCUGGAAACUUCUUCGUGCCAUGCUAAUGCUGAUUCCAUGAAAAUAGAAGUUAGUGAUGACCUACCAGUGAUGCAAUGGACAUACCAUGAUCAUAAGUCUGAUUUACUCGGUUCUGUCACAUCUGCAAAUAAUGAUAUAGCCAAAGAAAUGAAUGAAGUGCUAUUUAAAUCAUUGCCUGCUGAUACACCUGGCCUUGAGAUGUUGGCAUCAAGUCAUCUUCUGAGCCAAAGGAAGAGUGGUUUGAUUGUCAAAGAAAGGCUUGGAGUAUGUAAAACAAGUCUGAGGUUGAAAGAGCAGAUUCUUACAAUGAAAUUCAAGGCAUAUCGUCACUUGUGGAAAGAGGAUGUGCGACUACUUUCUGCAAAGAAACAGCGUUCAAAGUCUAAUAAGCGCAUUGAUCAGAGCAACCGAACAUUGCAAAUUGGAUCUCAGAGGCAACGCUCCUCUAACCGCUCGCGAUUAACCAUGCCUGCUGGUAAUUUAAGUACAUUUUCAACUCCAGAAAUGUCAGAUGUUGCAAGGAAGUUGUUUACAGAAUUCCAAAUUAAGCGCUGCAGAAAUUACUUGAAAAUGCCUGCACUGAUUAUUGAUGAGAAAGAGAAGGAAUGCUUGAGGUUUCUGAGCAAGAAUGGGCUGGUUGAGGAUCCUGUUUUAGUUGAGAAGGAACGGGUGAUGAUAAAUCCGUGGACUCAAGAAGAAAAGGAAAUUUUUAUGGAGAUGCUUGCUAAAUUUGGCAAGGAUUUCUCCAAAAUCUCCAGUUUCAUUACACAUAAAACUACUGCAGACUGUGUGGAGUUCUACUACAAGCAUCAUAAAUCAGACAUCUUCCGAGAAGUGAAGAAACUGUUGGACCUUCGUCAACAGCAACCCAUCAGCAAUUAUCUUGGAGCGAAAUCUGGACAGAAAUGGAAUCCUGAGUCAAAUGCUGCUUCUCUUGAUAUGCUUGGGGCAGCAUCAGUAGUAGCAGCCCAUGGCCUUGAAUAUGCAAACCAGGUGCAGAAAAUUUCUGCGAAAUCCCUCAUCUGGACUUCAUAUGGGCCCAAUGUUCCUUUUGUGGCUAAAAGAUCUUCUGAUAAGGAGUGCAUUGACAAUGUGCCUUUGCAUGAGAGAGAAUCAGUAGCAGCUGAUGUACUAGCUGGCAUAUGUGGCACUCUCUCUCCUGAUGGAAUGGGCUCAUGCAUUACUAGUUCUGCUGAUCCUGGCCAGAAGAUUAGCAUGAAAAGAGUGGAGCAUGUCUUAUCCCAAGAAAAUGACAAAAUCGUUGAUGAGGAAGACACUCUCUCUGAUCAAGAGUGUGAAGUUGAUCAACUUGAUUGGAAUGAUGAUGAGAAGUCAAUUUUCAUUGAGGCUAUGAAUAACUACGGAAAGGAUUUUGCUCGGAUCUCGUCAUGUGUGAAGAGCAAGUCAUAUGAACAGUGCAAAGUGUUCUUUAGUAAGGCUCGUAAAUCACUCGGUUUGGAUUUGAUCCAUCAAGGGGCAGCCGAUGUUAGUAUGCCAGCUAGUGACACCAAUGGAGGGAGGAGCGAUACUGAUGAGGCCUGCGCUGUGGAAAUGGAUUCAGCUAUCUGUAGCACACAGUCUUGUUCAAAGAUUGUGAUAGAUGUUUGUCCUACUGAAGGAGCCAUUGGAGGGCCUAACUCUGUUAUAAAAAUCUCUAAGCAGGCAGAAGGAGAUAUAUCAAAUGGGUGCGAUGUUGAUGUUAAAAUUGAGGAAGACGAGAAGGAAGCUGAUAAAAAUUGCAGCAUUGUUGAUGAUAAGAGGUCCAGUGAUGGUACUCACCAAGCUGGUCCUAUUGACAUCAAUUGCCCAGAAAGCACAGAUAAGCUGCAAGGAACUGAUGAUGUCGAUGACCAAGUAAACAUGCAUUGUAGUAGGGCCAUCAGCUCUUCAACUAAGCAUGCAAUGGCCACGCACUCGGAAGUGAGAUCCAGUUUACAUUCUAUAGAGGUACUUCAAACAGACAAAGCUGAAGGUACUGGUACUGAUCCUUCCCGGGUGGAAGAAUGUUCACACCAUGCUCUUGAUAACACACCAAUGAAAAUUGGAAAUUCUGGUGCCUCAGCUUUCUUAGCUUCAGGUAAUGGUAUCAAGGACAGUGUUCGCAUCUCAAACAUGACUGGUGUUUCCACCGUUAGUCCUGCAUUCACUUCAAGUUAUCAGCAUUCUGUACCAGGAGAUAUGCCCCUGCUGAAACCAAAGCCACUGGUUACCCCCCUUACCCCGAAGGAUUUAAUGCCUGUGCAGUUCAGUUCAGUGCUUUCUGAUCCCACUGCAUUUCGUUUUGAGGGCAUAGCCUCAAUAACUAUGCCCAACUUUGAGGACAGUGGCAACAGAGUCAGCAGUGCUAUAGGGGCUAAAGACAUGAGCAAGUACCCAGCUUUUAAAGACCCAUCUGGUAAUCAGCACACAUUGUUUCGUAAUAUUGAUGGUUAUAUGAAUCAUCAUCUGACAACUGAAUUAUCAAUUUUAUCUGAAAGAACUGCAAGUGGCACUGUGAGUGCUUCACAAACCGAUCGGUUCACCCAAACAAAAUUCCAGAAUGGCAGGUCCAGCCGUUUGUGUCUUCCAAACAGUUCUGAUGGGAUUCAAUGGCCUAGAAAACACGAAGAAGUACUGGAAGGCUCUUUGAGGCCUUGCUCUCACAAUACAAGCUCUGAGGGUGAUGAGCAACAAAAGCGGCCUGGUGAUGUCAAGUUGUUUGGGCAGAUUCUCAGCCAGCAGUCAACCUUGCAAAGUUCUGGUUCAUCGUGUAAUGGUAGCAAGAGCAAGCCUCCCUCACCAAAGAUUGACACAUCAUCUGUGAGAUUGAUGAACAAUCCAAAGGAUCGUGUGGUUUGUUCUUCCAGGCCUGGCAUCACUCCACAUAUGGGUCUGGAGGAAAGAUCAGUGAGGAGCUAUGGCCAUCUGGAUGGAAGCAUGCUACAGCCUGAGCCUCUGCUCGUGAUGGCAAAGUGCCAGAGAUCCUUGGCCGGUGUACCGUUUUACUCGGCUAAGAAUGGCACGCUUGGUGUGUUCCCAGAUUAUCAACAACCUUUAGUGCCGCCACAUCAAUCAGAUCCCAAGCGGCUGGAAAGGUUUUCUGAUCCGCAAAAGAGGAAUGGUCUGGAACUCAUCUCGGGUUUCCAGCAGCCUGGUAGAGUCGCCCGUUUUGGGGGUGCUGGUAUCCUCGUUAGCAAUGUCUCAGACCCUGUGGCUGCUGCUCUCAAGGCUCAAUAUGGUCCCGGUUCUAAGAUUAUGGGCAGUGACGCGGAUCCUUGGAAGGACAUAGGAAGCAGGUAG